AUGCCUUUCUUCUUCCCAGACGCCCGCAAGCGCCGCAAAUACACAGAUCCUCCAGCUGCUGCUGCUCCUAUAUCUCCCCCAAACCCUCCCCCUUAUGCUCUGAAUACCGCUGCCUUCAGCUACGAGGAGCCCCUACCCCAAUGGACGCCGCAGCCCGCCACAUACUUUGCUCCAGCCUCGUAUCCUCAUAUGACCUCGACUCUCUCUUUACCGCCGGCUCAGAAUUUACAGACGGAGUAUCGCGCAACGCCUCUGCAACCUCAACAUACAUGGUCACAUCCGUCCCCGACCUAUGUGGAUGCUGGUCCUCCGAGAGCGUCCCUGCCGGUGAAGUUGCAAGAGCGGAUUGACCACAAGUUGGGCGACGUCAUAUCGCUCAUUGAUGAAGAUGCAUUUUCGGGUUCGGAAAAAGAGCUGAUGAUCACAGAGGGAGAGGUUAUGUCACCAACAUUGGCAGAGACAUAUGGAGUGGACCGGGAUAUGACGCGGGCGCUCGGAGGGGUCGAGAAAAUGCCACCGAGACAGAGGAAACAGACGCAACAGAAGCAGACCAAUGUGUUCUCCAAGCUUGACCUAUACAUGAACUCUCGACUGCCCGUGUCUCUACAACCCUUUCGAGUCUACAUACCAACGUGGCCGCUCCUGUGUCUUGCCGCCCAAUAUUCCAACAGCGCAUACGUCUCUCCACAAUCCUCGUCAGAGCGCAAGGAUUUUGUCUCGGCCGAUGGCCGACUGGGCACAAAGGCCAUGGUCAUCAAGUCGAUCCCGUGUGACGACAGGAAAACCAUCGUCUUCGCCAUUCGUGGGACGAGUUUCUUCAGUGUGCGCGAUUGGGGGGUCAACCUGGAUACUGAGCCUGUGUCGCCGACCGGAUUUCUGGACGACCAGGGAAAUCUGUGUCACUCAGGCUUUCUGCGAGUCGCCCGGGCGAUGGUCAAGCCGAUCGCGGCCAGACUUCGACAUUUGUUGGAAGAGAACCCAUCUCGGACGAGCUGCUCACUCCUCAUCACGGGCCAUUCUGCUGGCGGCGCCGUAGCCAGUCUGCUAUACGCCCACAUGCUCGCAGAGACCGUUCAAUCCGAACUCAACAUCCUCACAGGCUGCUUUAAGAGAGUCCACUGUGUCACGUUUGGAGCUCCGCCCGUCAGUCUCUUGCCGCUACAGAAGCCCGAAACCGCCGACGGACGCUUACGCAAAUGUCUUUUCCACUCAUUUCUGAACGAAGGCGACCCAGUUGUACGCGCGGAGAAGGCAUACGUGAAAAGCCUCGUGGACCUCCUGUCGCGGCCAAUCCCAUCAUUGCCGUCCGUCGAACCGAAGCAGCAGUGCUCAGUGUCGACGCUGACGGCCCUCGGGGCGUCCAUGUCGAGACUCGAUCUCUCACUCGUACCCGCCCCGAAGAAGCAAUCGAAACUCAAGCCCCCGGCGAAAUCGAAACAACACCCGUCUCUCCCACUCAGGAAGCUGUGGUGGGAUGUCCCUCCAGCGACCUUGUCGAAUGCAGGCCGUCUCGUGGUGCUCCGCAUUCCGGACCACCCUGGUGCGACCGAAGCGGACGUGACUGCGUCUCUGGUCAAGGACGAGCAAUUGCGACAAGUCGUCUUUGGAGAUCCUCUGGUCCACUCGAUGAAUCUGUACGCGACGAGGAUCGAGACACUCGCUGUGCGGGCCGUUACCGGGCGGGGUGGAGCAUGUUGA